GUCAGGAACUAAAUUAUGGUCCCCACAAGUUUCAGAAGAUGGCAAAGCACAUCCCUUCAAGAUAAAUUUGGAAGCUGAACCACAGGAUAUGAACUACUUUGAACACAAGCAUAAUAUUCGGCCCAAACCUUUCAUAGUCUCAGGCCGAAGCAGUGGAUGCAGCACUCCUUCGGGGAUUGACUGUGGCAGUGGACGCAGUACCCCCUCUUCAAUUAGCACGGUUAGCUCGAUCUGCCCCACCGAGCUGAAAGCAGUGUCUAGGAUGGCCCCUAACAUUCCCUUGGAAAUGGAGCUUCCCGGUGUCAAGAUUGUACACGCUCAGUUUAACACACCUAUGCAGUUGUACUCAGAUGACAAUAUCAUGGAAACACUGCAAGGCCAAGUUUCUACAGCUCUGGGGGAAGCACCCAUAAUAAGUGACCCAACUCCCAACGCAGUGCCUCAGUCUGACGUGUACAAGAUGCUGCAUGCCAACCAGGAGGAGCCCACUCAACCUCGCCAGUCUGGCUCCUUUAAGGUGCUCCAGAAUUUAGUCUCCGAGGAAGAUGGACGCCCCGUGGGUACAAGAAGUGUGAAAGCACCUGUCACAAAGAUACCUACUGCCAUGCCUGGUGUCCAGAAAGUGCCACUGUGUGACAAGUGUGGGAACGGGAUUCUAGGAACAGUGGUGAAGGCACGUGAUAAAUACCGGCACCCAGAAUGUUUUGUGUGCUCUGACUGCAACCUCAACCUGAAGCAAAAAGGCUACUUCUUUGUGGAGGGCCAGCUGUACUGCGAAGCUCAUGCACGAGCUCGCAUGAGGCCACCAGAAGGAUACGAAGCAGUUACCGUUUACCCAAAAUGCUAGUCUUAGGGCAACACGCGAACACAUGCAUGCACACAAAGAGCCAUUAACAGCUUAGAACUGCAGUACAACUGUCAGGACUUCUGCCCGAUCCCAAAGUAGCAGCUUUUAAACCUUGUCUUGUGGGAUUCUGAGGGAGAUGGAAGUCCCUGUUAGCCAGCAGUAGCAUAUUGUACCAGUAAAAUUCUGCUAAAAUACCAUCUUUGAAGUUGCCAGUGUAACUCACUGAAGUAUAAACUAAACCAGCUGCACUGGAAUAAAAA